AUGAAACUCGAAGCUACUAGCCGAAAACUGAAGUUGAAGCUUGACCAAAAAGAGCAUUGCCAAAUGGUGGUGAGAGAGAGAGAAAGCUCACCAGGAGUCCUCGCCGGAGCCACCGCACGUCAGGACGUCGUCAAGCUCGUCAUCACCAUCAACCGCAGCUCGAGGCCAUCAUCGUGUUCCUCUCGUCAAGACGAAGCCGUAGACACCAACCGCGUCACGAUCGGAGCCCGGACGAAGCCGUACGCGCCUCCGGAAGUUUCACCUCCGCGCGCACGGGAGUUCCACGCGCCGCCGCCGGACCACCGUCCUCCGCCGCAGCGCCGCCGCCGGACCACCGUUCUCCGCCGCAGCUCCGCCGUCGCCGCCGGCCAACUUACCGGUAAGCCGCCGCCGUAG